AGAAAAAAAAAAAACGAAAAGCAAGACAAAGGAAAUGAACCCGUAUUGGUCUGGAUACAUCAACGGGAAGGUCACGGCAGAGGGAGCGAGUAUAUAAGGCCGGGAAAGACCGCUGGGCAUCACUUCUUUAAAGUCGUCGACCUUCGUAACAUCGCGAUGCAGUUCCUGAUCCUGGCAGUGCUAGCAGCCUCGUGCUCCGCGGCGCCACAGAUGUUCCGCGCUGUGUCGGGGGAACUUUACUUGCUUCGCUCAGACAUCCCAUCAGUUGUCAAGAUCCCUGAACCAGGAAUAAACCUUGCUGCUCCUCUUGCACAAUCUGUCGCCUUUGUCCCUAUCCCUGCCCAUGUCCCUGCUUUCAGGACAGCGGAAGUCGUUGCUUCCAUUGGUCCUGUUUUCGCAAGCACAGCAGGUGUGGCUCCUGUUGCCCCUGUGGUGGUCAACCCUGUAGUCGAGAGCGCAGUUGUGUCUGUUUCUGCCCCUGUAGUUAAGAGUGCAUCAGUUGUGGUUCCUGUUGCCCCUAAAGUCAAGAGCGCAGAGAUUGUGACUGUCUCUGCCCCUGUAGUAGUUGACCCUGUAGUCAAGAGCGCCUCAGAUGUGGCUCCUCCUACCCCAGUAGUAGUUGACCCUGUAGUAAGGAGUGCAGUUGUGGCUGUUGCCCCUGUGGUAGUUGAUCCCGUAGUCAAGACCACAGCAAUUAUGGCUCCUACUGUCCCUGUAGUUAAGAGCGCUGUCCCUGUGACCGUAGUGGCGCCGCCUGAGCCCCUCAUGGCCCCUGAACCCCCCAUGCCGUCCCUCAGCGUCCCUCACGUGGGAGGCCAAUUCCACGCCCAAGACGAGGCUGGUCAGUACACCUUCGGCCACUACGGCGGCCCCAACACCCGUGUGGAGAGCAGGGACUCUUUGGGUCGUACCUCCGGCAGCUUCGCCUACGUGGACCCCGAGGGGGACGUCCAGGUGAGGAAGUACGCCGCCGCCCCCGGUUCUGGCUUCAGAGUGGCCGCCUCUGACCUCGUCGAGGACACGCCCGCCGUGGCUCAGGUCAAGUCCGCCCACGCCCGCGCCCACCAAGCCGUCAAGUCUCUCACGCGGGACGCUGUCGUCACGACUGCAUGACUGAGUGAUUCUCGUCCGCCUCGCGCCAUGCUCAAGAACUAAAUAUAUUUAGAUUUUAUUAUCAUACCUAUAAAUAAAGCAAGAAAGAAC